AUGCGUCCCUGUGAAGUAUUUGUUUCCGCAGCCAAUUCCAAGCGCAACUCCACAGUUCGUGUUGUACUUCAGGCCUUAUAAGGUGCAGCAUCAAAAAAUUCCGAGCGUUUUAAUCCUCUGUGCACGCGGGGAGGAUGGGAUCGCAACCUCUCCUUAGUGAUUUCCACCCAGGUAUAUAUGUAUAUAUAUGCAUAGACGUGUAAAUUUGCUUCCUCUAGGCAACUAGCGAGGAGGAGGUGCGAGCCCAGAGGGAAAGAAUAGCAGCUAAGGCGCGACUACAACUCCUUGAGAACGAAAUCCUCGACUACAAGCGAAAGGUCGCCAGUCUUCAGGAUGGGCAACAACGACAACUUACCCUUAUCCAAAAUCUGCAGGGACAGGUAAGUCAAGCCAUGCCAUGACGUCAAGGCAGCGGAUGCUUGCGUUAUCAGUUUGUGAGACGUACGACAGUCUAGGAAAAUGACGACCUAGUUGAGACCAUAUGGCCUUGUUGGCAUUCCGAUUUUUCCACACUUUACUUAAACCCGAGUGAUGAAACUCAUGGAACGUUACAUAAAAUGUUGAACUCUAACUUGAGUUAAAAGGGAGUUAAAAAUUAGCACUGACUAAAAAUGUAACAGAAUCACAAGAUACAGUAGGUGGGCUAACUCAUGAAAUGUCAAUCAACAUUUCGAAAUGCGUUCUUGUUUCGAAAAGAUUAAUUAAGUAGAAUUGUAAAACUAAUUGUUAUGCAGCAUAAUUCUAUGAUGGUCCAGUUACCUCAGGGUGUUGGCUUUCGAAUAAACUUAUUUCUGACUGCAUGGAAGGACUAUACUCAACAAAAAAAUGACUACUUGAGUAGCAUGCAGUUUUUCAUUGAUUUUCGAUGCCCUUGACGAUUCAAUUAUAUUUCCUGGAAGCCGUGCAUAAAAAUAUUCGUUCUUUUACUUAUUCCGUAGAAAAUCACGUGUUAUUCCAAUUUUUUACUCGGUUUCAAAAAAGUUUCUCAUUUCGAGAUGUUUUAAUACCUUGAAAUUACCGUUCAUAAAACAUCAUGUAUCUGCUUUUACGAACGUGGCUUGUAAAGUUAACAAUAUGACUCAAAUCCACUGCUUAAUUUUAUGAACCCCAUAUGGCCUCCUCUUAAUACCGUAGAGAAAUGCGUGGUUUCUCGUAUAGGAAAAUAUACUGCUUGUAGUUUUUUAACCCUGAAUGCAAGUGUAACAGCAGGUAGGGUUCAACAUUAUUCGGGAAUUAGAAAAGUUUUCUAAAACCGAAUCGUACAUUUCUUUCGAAUAUAAAAUCGGUAAACGACGUGAUUAUCUACCGAAUAAGUAAAAGAAUGAAUAUUUUUAUGCAUUUUUUUCAUGAAAUAUAAUUGAAUUUUUAAGGGCGUCGCAACUCAAUGACAAAAUAGCAUGCUACUUGUGUAGUCAUUUUUUGCUACUUAUGUAGUCAUUUCUUGCAUGCAGUCGGAAAUAAGUUCGUUCGAAAGUGAGCAUCCUGCGGUAACUGAAUUAUUAUAGAAUUAUGGUGCAGAAUGAUUGAUUUUGAAACCUACUUAAGUAGUCUUUCUGAAACGAAAACGCAUUUCGGAAUUUCGGUUGACAUUUCAUGAGUUAGCCCAUCUACUGUACUUCAUUCACGCCAGAAUGCCGAAUUUUAAAUGGGCGUCUUCGCUGUCGCCUGCAAAAUCAAAUUUGCUAAAAAAUAAUAACUUAGAUUUCCACUGAUUUCGGAUGCUCAAACAUAUUUUUUAGAAUCUGUGCAAAUAAGCAUCUUUCAUUGUGCCCGUUUUAUAGUAGAUGAUGUCUCCAAAACUUUUACUCAAGUGGAAGAUAUGUUUCUGUUUUAGGUAAGUUUUCAAUUAUGAGAUUUUUAAGGUCGUCAAAUGUCUAUUCAACUGACAUCCUAUCUGUCCGGUUGGAUAGUGCCUGUGGGUCGCAUCUACCGCAAAAUAUUAUCGGUCCACGGAGGAGCACUAAAAAAAACAAGAAUUGUUUUCUGUAAAACAUUGGGUUGAUAACGCUGUCCUUCUCUCGCUUGGGCACGUUUCCUAGAUACUCUUCCUGCUCAACUGGCCAAUUAGCGUUCAUGAUUAAUUAUUGCGGCCGACAAAGUAAUUAUUCUAGUAAACUCCGCUCCAGCGCUCCUAGCGGUUUUGCGAUGGCAAACCUUAAGGAGGAACGCGCCAUCAGCAAGUUCGUUUUCCUGCAUAUUACGAUUUGUUUCUUUGGACAUCAAAGGAGCCGUACUAGUUGGAUUUGUUUCUCACGACACUACAGUGAAAUGACAUUGUUAUUUGCAAGUACAGAAACGACUACAUUAGGCAGUGGUAAAAAAGACUUGGAUCGUGGCAAUCGGGAGACUAGCAGCGUUCAAAAUCAACCAAUUCUUGUCAAUGAAAACGUUUUUGCAUUCUCCCUACUCGUCUGGCUCAGCCUUCGUAUUCCUGAGAAUGAAGGGAAACCUAAAGGGAAAGCGUUUUCAGAACAUUGAAGGGGUUAAGGAAAACCCGUCGGAGGAACUUUACAGCAUUGGUUCAGGAGAAUAUAAAAAAGGAUUUUUAACAAUGCAAAACCCGUUGGAACCGUACUGUCAUGGAGAUUAAUGUUUUUAAGAUUUCAUGCUAGGGGAAAAAGUAAAUAAAUGAUCCGUAGAUGUUUUGACAGGUUUUGAAUAAUUCAUAUUGACCCAACUGCGAAAAAAUCGGCGCCUCGGUGGGGAUCGAACCCACGCAGUAAGGGGAAGGCUUUAGUACAGCCAACGCUCUAACCGCUUGAGCUAUGAGGCCCCACCGGAUGAUGCGCGUUUAAUCACAUUUGGGUCGUUACCCGCCCACUCUACUGCAACGUCUGGAAUCCACCAAAUCUGAUACAGUAAUUUGACUGCCCAAACAGGAUUUCCUAAGUAAUUCACGUAGAAUCCACCAGAUGACUACCAGGCUUACGUAAUUCAUAGAUGUUUUGGCGAUUUUGAAUAAUUCAUGUGGACUCAACUGUGAAAAACUCGGCACCUUGGUGCGAUUCGAACCCACCAAAUGUGAUUAAACUCGCGUCGUCCGGCGGGGCCUCGUAGGCCAAGCGGUUAGAGCGUUGACUGUACCAAAGCUUUCCCCUUACUGCGUGGGUUCGAAUUCUACCGAGGCGCCGAGUUUUUCACAGUUGGGUCAAUAUGAAAUAAAUUAUCCUCGUGUUUUGGUACCCCAAGUACGCUUUUAGCGCAGGAAAGGGCAUCAUUUUCUUAAAUAGAAGGUGUACAGUUUUUGGAUUGGAAACUCUUAACACAAGUGCAAAGACAGGCCGGACUCCCAAUUAUUCCAGACUGAAACACCUUCUAAAUUGACAGCUAUCAUUCCUUCGAGUAUAAGAUCUAAAAUGCGUAAUGUACCAUAAAUGUAUUACAGAAAAGGAUAUUCUUGUUUAUGUAUUUUCUAAAUUAUGCAUCAGUUUAUGAAGACAUCGAAAAUCAAUGGGAAAAAAUCACACCACGUGAGUAUUUAUUGCUUGUUGAGUAUGGUUUUUCAGGCGACCGAAAAGACACACACUCAAGUAACCGGCAUUCUGGAAUAAUUUAAAUUUCGUAAGACUAAAACAAUUUCUUAUAAAUUCUGCAUGUGUUUUGAUCAAGUGGCCUAUACGUGGGCCUUUGCGAUUGGUUGAUCGUUUUUAUGCACACAAGUUGAGUUAGUCUGAAAUGGCGAUUCAGGGCGUCACAAUAUGCGCUGUCUGGCCUUCGUAUUUGAAAGACCAAAGUAGAACCGAGAACCCACGAAAUACCUAUGAAGUGAAGAUUCUAGUUAUCCCAACAAAAUCUCCAUUUUCGACGCCGUGUAGUCAGAUCGGUUUAAUAUUUAUGGUGUAAAACGCUAAAAAAAACGUGAGUCAACAGUUCCGCAAAACAUUUUGUCAUGAUUAUUAAAAUAUUUCAACCAGUCUAAUAAGAAUUGAUAUAUGGCAAGUGAUAUUUACAAUUUCUGGUAGAGCACUUUCGAAUUCCAAAGAUGUGAAGAGAAGACAUGGCUAACUGAUCGUUUUGCGAAAACAUUCUCACAUACUGGCUGUACUUUGCAAUCGUAGCAUCCUUUAUGAAACGAAAAUCCCCAAAAUGAAAGUUUAGCUUUAUUAUCUUGCCUGCCUCAUCAGAUUGGAGACCUACCGUACAUAGGCACACGCAGUAUGUUCCUUUAUCUGUUCUACCUAUGUGAUAGGACAAGUAGGAUUUUCAAGGUAGUAGACUCAUCAGGUUUUCAUUCGACUUGCUUUACGCCAGUAAUUCUGCUUUCGACAUGCCCGGGAGGGUGAUAGGUAGACAUGCAGAGGUCGGGGUUUUGACAGUCUCCUUCCUCCCCUAACCUAAGCUUUUUCAGCUCAUUCAUGCCAUCCCACCAGUUACCCACACAGCAGUCCCGCAUGCUCUCACCUUCAUCUCCCCAUAAAUUGUUAAUCGGUUAUCGCGCGUGGCAGCUGGCGGCCGCCAUUGUUGUCUGCAUCUGCAGGUCGUUUUUCCCACGCGUCUUGCGAGCGCGUUUUCGCCUUCUUAGGGGUCCCACGCAUACUCCAGACUGAUUAUCAACUAGCCAGCCUUCCGAAGUCUUGGGGACAAGCGGGUGCAAACUAACGGUUGCGUGGUUGUUUUUCUAAAUUUGGGAUUAAAAACUUAAACCUGCGCGACGUUCACAACUACUUUUUCCAAUGGAGGAUUUUUGUUUUGUUUUGGAGGUAAUCGCGUUACGUUAUGCAUGCCUUUGACUGUUUCCUUUUCUGAACCUUUUAAAGUCGACUGCUUGUAAUAAGGCAGAGUUUGGAGGACUUUAAGUCCAUUUUUGCACGAUAUCGAAACAAAAAUGAUCUCUCCAAUGAGCUAUCGUGAAGUCAGGCCGAGUUGAUUAACUUUGCUGCACUUGUGUUUAACUCAAAAACGAUUAUGCGAAGACGGAUCCACAAUUGGAUGCUUGAAUGGCUCGAAUUACGUUCUCCUGCAAGAACCUGAUGUGCACUAACAUCCAAUUCUGUUUGGAAGGGCAUCACCGACAAAGAACAGUUGACAAUAAGAUGGCAUUGACGGAUCAUGCUUUUGUGAGAGGAAACUAUAUUAAUUUCAUGUUGUUGCAAAUACAAACUUUAAGCAACAAGCUGGUCGGGCUUUGUUAUUAGAAAUAAAAGUGCCACGAUCAAGAGGAGAAAAAGCUAAUGACCCUGAAAGUUGUUUAGUGGGAGUUUUAUGCCCGCAUAAAUUUGGUCUGACUGUAAAAUAUUUUCUGCCAGUGCGUAAUUUCCUGCCUAACACAAGAGGCAUUCGGCAAAUACGCAUUCUAACUACACCAGCUCACUUGAGUCAGUUCCCGCACUGUCUUGAUGAAGGUAACUGCUCACAGCCACGCACGCGGGUGGAGGGUCUAUUAGGUGAGUAGCUGAGUUGACGUCUGGACGCCAGACCUCCCACGGUCUUGUAGAAAGGAUACAGAGAGGAGAUGCCGAAAGGGGACAGAAUAUGUCCCAUAUUAAUUUUUCGCACCUUUUCUUCCAAGCGAUGCCACCGGAAAAGCAAUAGGCGGAGUGUCCGUAUCCGAAAUAUAAUACGUUUGUGGUUAACGUGUUAACAAACAGUUGAGUUUAUUUUGGCCUAAUGACCCCUUAGGGUCAGAUUUAACAAAAUGAAGAGCAAGGUGAAUUUGAGUUUUACAAAACCCCGGCUCCUUAUAAUUACAAUUUGUAAAUUCAAGCGGAUAACAUCAAUUAAAAAUAAGCUCACCUGAGACUGGCAAGGCACCCCACCGCCCAUAUGUUAGUAGUCGGUUUCUUAACAUAGACUGUUUACUUACCAUGCCCUCAUUCUUAAAAAAAAACACUGUCUGGCUUUCCAACAAGCAGCUCCGCUUUGGGGAGGGGGAUUCUAGCCGGCCAACUAAAUUUAUUGAAGCCGCGACUUCCGUGAAUGUCCUAACUUAGCGAACAGUUGCACGCAAAGCGACCUGUCCUUUGAUCUAGUCAUUUUCCUUCUGUGCCUGCGCCGCUGCCUCAAAUGAGGCAGAAAAUUGCUCUAAUUAUUUUUUUCCGUGGUUCCCGUAUGCUUUCAAGCCGGUAAUAAAAACGUCCAUCACAUUGUAUGCUGGCCAAUUGUCGACGAAAAUUAAUAAGCGUGUGAAGUCAGGAGACCGGAUUUGUGCGUUCUUUGGUGGCAGUCAUUAUGACGCGAAAUACCCCUCUCCAACAAAAUGAAUUUGAUCCUAUAAAAUGUCUGUGAAAGACGAUCAGGUAGGCAGACUUGGGGAUGUGCAGUUUUGCCGGACUGCAGGAGUUCAACCCAAAUUAUCUCUUGAAUAGAAAAUUAUUUGUCAUCUUUCUAAGUUGGCGAAAGAUCGCGUGAAGGCCCCCAAACACACACGACCAGCCAAAGGUGCCUGUCUUACGGGAAAGGUGGUAAUAGGGGUUUUACGGACGAGGCCUAUGUAUGCAUAGAGGAAUGAAAAAAUAAGUAUAGAUAAUUGUAAAUGUGUUUUUAGAGGUGUUUUUAAUGCAUUGACAUAAAGCAACCGAAAUUGGGCGGGACAAUAAAAAAAUGAACACUAAGUGUCCACAGCGGUCGCUUCUCAUCUCUCUGAGCUGAGGACAUUGUAGAUAAUGCACCAGACCGUCAACAACAGACGACCCAACCUUGUAACUCACCGACAAAAGCAGGCGCUAUGUCUGAGUGCACCUGGUAAGUAGGAUUCAGUGAGUCGGACACCAUUGUAUAUUCCGAAUCGAAAACCGACAGGGCGACGGGCCCGUGGCCCAGUGGUUAGAGGCGUGGACUUCUAAACCAACAGGUCGCGAGUUCGAGCCUCGGAUGUUCCACACUACGGGGUUGGGUAUGACUGGCUGACGACGGCUAAUAAGUCAGAAAUAGGCAUUCCAUUCACCCUUGUCUUUGUCGGUAAUAACAUACUCCUUAUAUCAUGCGUCACUGUGCAGCUGCCAGUUGGGUUCGAGAGAGAGAGUCCGUUCAGUAAGAACGUUCGCUCAGCGCCCUCUACCAUAGCAGGAGCUAUGUCUGAGUGCGCCUGCUAAGUAGAAUUCAGUGGGUCGGGCACGACCUAAUUCACUUUCACGAUUGCUUAAAACUUCCCAGGCGCAUUUGUGGGGUACGAGAGGAGUAGAGAAAAUGCGUACUUCUGGCAAUCGCACCAAUCUCACCGUCCUUCGUGUUCCUAAUGUCUGUUUGUAAAGCGCCAGCCUCAAGUCAACCUGAAUAGACGGUUACAACUGCCUCAGAUCAGCCAAGUGACAGCUCAGUCUAAUUGGCUGAUGCAGACGGACUUUCGACUGGCUCCCGAGUGGGCGUUAGUCUAGCGAAGUCGACACGGGAGGUUUCGACGCAGACACCAGUUAGCGCUUGACAACUGAAGCAAUAAAAGAACCAAUAAGUUUUUAGCAACAAAGAUAGGGGGGGGGCGGUUUGAAUGAUUGUUUCCGACUUGAUUGCGUAUUUCAUGCCAACGGGGUGUUAGGCGCUUUACCGGUAAACUAUAGGCACAUAUCUUUUGACUCUUGAAGGAAUCAUUUAAGAUCACGCGAGAGUGGAUCCCCCUCUGAGACAUCCAGAUCCUGGAACGAGACGUGGGUUGGAAUAGCCGAUCCUUCAGUCUGGACUUUGGCCAUGACUGACUGAUGAUGGUUAGCAGGUCAGAAACGGCCGAUGAAAACGUCUCAGUAAGAUAUGGUUAUGCAGCCACACCUGAUGGACACAAUGCUGUCAGGGGUUAGGGUGAGGGUUAGUUGCUGCUAUGUCGUGGUGCGCUCAGAAGCAAUAGUUUACUUUGACUUCAUUUUGUCCCACAGGUUAACGAGUACAAAAGAAGGAACACUGAUCUGGAGAUUGAAAUCGAGGAGCUGAAGAUGGACAACCAGACAAAAACAAAGAAGGUUAGCCUUCUGCAUAUGUUUACCCAAUGCAAUAAAGCUUUACUCGGCCGAAGGAUCACUUUUUAAAAUCCUAGCAAGUUGAAGUGGAGUACUACUUAAUAAGGCCACAAUCGUGAUUGAGUAAGUGGACAACUGUUUGAUCCACAAGGUUCACCUCUUCUGUCUCCUGUAACUGCAGUAAGAAGCAAAACACUGCUUCUUGUUGGAAUUUGGCUACCUUAGAGAGAGAGAAAUGCGCUUUAUUUUGAAAGUAUCUUUCAACAUUUUCAGCAAAGACGUCCACCAUGUGCUGCAACUCUCGGCAUCGUGGACAAUUUUUGGUGAAUUUAGUGCAGAAUGAAUGUCAGAUUUUAUUCCGUUCGAAACGACCCUAGUGUAAUGUACAUAUGACCUCGAAAGUAUAGUUCGAAUAAAUUAAAAUGAUGAAAAUCAAUAUAUAUAUCGAGUAAAAUAGGCCAAUCGAUGUGCAGGUAAGAUGUGGUUAUGUAGCCCCACCUGAUGGACACAAUACUGUUGUUAAAGGUUAGGGUUCGAGGUCAGGGUUUGGGCAAUUUUUUCUCAACCACUCAAAGUACAACCGCUCAUUCCCAGCAGCUUUUCUUUGGCAUACAACUACUUGACCUCGUCGCCUGUGAGUUCCCCGGCCCCACUUGUAAAAACCCCUAUUACCACCGGUCCCAUAAUACUGGUAGCUUGGGCUUGUUUAAUUCAGUUGGGGCUACAUAACCACAUCUAACCGACGUACAAUUAAAGCAUGUACCAUGUGACCAAAGGUAUAGGCAGUGGGUGGUCGUUCAUUGUGCGUAUGAAAACAAUUAAUGCUAUCUUCAGGUCAGGGAAAUUUUAUAAUAUGUUGAACGCGCCUGCUUCGGCCGUUCCGAACCAUGAAAAAUCUCUUGGCGCAGCGGUUAAUACUUUCCGUAGUCGCUGACGUAGAGUUAGCACUUUCCAGUGAUGUUUAAGUCUGGCAACUGGUUCAUCAUAACAAGUUUUAUUGCCAACUGGCUCACACCCAGCCAAGUCCAAGCAGUGAAGAGGCCGUGAAAUUCAGCAUCUAUCUCCAGGUAGCAUCACACACGGCGGCCGAGACCACUGGAAAAAAAGGUCACAUUUAAGGGAAUGUUCAAAAGGUCCGAUUGAAGUGAUUUCCCAUUCUGGCAAACAUCUGCUUCAACUGGGGAUCUCCGCACGGGUUGAAUUCGGAGGACUGCGCAUUGAAUGCAAUGUGGAUCCUUAUACGGUACACCACAAGACCUACUAAAUUAGUUGACUUGUCUGCGAUCUUUGUUCCGCACAAUAUUUAGGUCGGACCAAUCUAAAGUGAUAAGGUUCGCAUGGCCCCACCAUCUCAUUCGUCUGUAUAACCUCAAUCGGAAAAACUAAAACUUUCUUGUUCUUAGAUAGAGGCUAUUUAUUUUUUUGGUCGUCAGAAUACGGGUCCUCUUCGGCGAAAAACUGAAUAAAAACGUGCCACACCUGAUUUAUCUGCCUUUUGUGUCGAUACCACCCAAUAAAGUUUCUGGGACGCCAGUCUCUGAGCAUAUUCGUUUGGUGAAUUGUCGAUCAAAUAAACCCUCAACGCAUAUGUCGGAAAAUUUAAGUAGGCAACAUAUGCGGAGAGGGUUGUCCGGAGUCUCUGAAUGAAAUCUUGAAAGUAAAUUUGUCCUACUCUGUUCUCUAGUAUGGCAACUUUUACUGGUAUUGUUAGCUGCAGUCCAAGACCAUGGAGAACGACAGUCGUUUGGAGGCGCGUGAGAAUAUGGCCAAAAUGCGUGAAGAUAAUCUUAUUGCAGAAUUGGAGAACAUGGCGGCCACCCUGGAGCAAGAACGGGCCAAGUAAGCUACUAUAUCACAUUGAUUUGGGCCUUGUACAUUUUGUCCUAGACUUUGUCGUCCUCUUUUUCUUCGCUCAUCUCUCGCAUCCUCCCUCCUCCUUCCCUGCCCACUAUAAGCCCCCUCUUCUUUUCCCCUUGUUCCGGCACUCCUUAUCCUUAUUCUUCUUUUUCCUCCUUCUUUCUCUUUUCCUUCCUUAUUCCUAUUCUACUCCUCUGCUAUACAGUCGCUGCCACCACCACCACCACCACCACCACCACCAACACCACCACCACCGCCACCACCACCACCACCACCACCAUUACUAAAAACACCUCCUACUCCUCCUCCUCCUCCUCCUCCCCCCUCUCCCCCUCCUCCACCUCCUCCCCCCUCCCCCCCUCCUUCACUGUUACCGUCGCAGCCAGCAUACUUGCUAUCACCUUGGGCAGCGUCCCUCCUCGGUCUUCAGAAACCGGCAUCUUAGGCGGUUGCGCUUACAACUGAUUCGCAGUCUUCAUCUUUUUGUUGUGUAAACACAAUUUUUCCGUUCUGAAUUAAAAGAGCUUGUCCGAUCGCACCGGUGCCUAGGUCUUUCUUGCCUCCCAGGCAGCUUAAUAUAGGAGAGACUGAGGACGCACUGUCCGCAUUUUCCUCAGAGGCAAAUUUGUUUUUAAAUGCAACAGAAUACGUACGAGCACUGCAGCUGUCUGCUCUAGUCACUCACAAAACUAGCCUUUCAGGCAAAGAUGUACAUCAGAAGGUUAGAAAGGCAGAGCCUCAGAGAAAGGUGGCAUCCGCGAGUGAGGGAGUGAAUGAUGCUUUUGCAGCUCUUUUUGCCUGAAAGGUAGCUUAAAGUUAGUGUGAGACUGUUCUUUGACGACAAGAUGAAUGUACAAGCUUAAUUGUCAAACUCGUGAGAUCAUUAUUGGUACUUUCAAUGGAAAUCCGCCCCACUGCUAAUUACCACUGUAUGCGACCUCAAGUAGGCAAACGGACGGUGACUGGUCACUUUGAAAAUUCGAUGUCUAUGGGGUCUGUGCGUGGGCGGAGUUUUCAGAUUCACAAUGGUACUCGUUUUCGUCUUUAUUCAACUGUUCCAGAUCACACAUGUACCUGAACGUCCUGAAAGCCGUUGUCCAAGUCGCACAGAUUUCAUUAAAUAGCAGAGAAAUCGGCGAAAAAUCGAAUUACCCAAUUUUAAGUUAAAAUUAGUGCCAAAAGUACUAACUUCGGAGUUAGUUCGCAUGGGUUAUAUCUGCCUGUCAUUCGUCUCAAAAGCUGCAGUGCAGCAUUAUGUGGGAAUUUUGGUUGGAUCUUAUUUGGCAGCCAUUGCUGCAGUAGACAAGCCCCAGCCUUACCGCUAAUCCCAAGCCCAAAUCACUAACUCCUAACUCCUAAACCCAACCCCUAACCUCUAGCCCCUGACCCUAACUUCUAACCCCAAAUCCUAAUCCCCGGCAGAUGCGGCCACGAAAUAAGAUCUUGCCGACAUUUUACAGUGAGUGACCGAUCUCAUGAAAUGUUGGCUGAAAUUCUGAAAUGCGUUUUCCAUUAGGAAGGAUUACUUGGUCGCGGUUGUAAUACUGAUUAUCUUAAGGCAUACUCUUAUAUCAUUUCGGACUCAAAAGGAUGUCGGCUUUUAAAUGUACUUCUUUUCAAUCUCCUGUAGAAACCGUGCUCGGUAAAAAAUGACUACUUAUUUAGCAUGCAUUUUCCCCAUUGAAUUACGAUGGUCUUGGAAAUUCAAAUAUAUUUUAUAGAAACCAUAAACAAAAAUAUGCAUUCUUAUAGUGAAUCAAUAGAUAAUCACGUCUUCUUUAUAUUUUAUGCCUAAGGAAGGAGUAUAAUUAGGUUUUAAAAAAAGUUUUUUAUUGCCGAAUAAUUUGGAACCUGAUCAUUCGUUGCAUUAGCCCUUAGUGAUUUCCCUUUACGAAGUGCAUGCGUUCCGCGUAAAGAAAAUCCCAUAUUUUUCUAUGUCAUUAAAGAGAUAUCAUACAGGGUCUAUAAAAUUUUGCAAUGGAUGCGGACCAUGUUGUACAUUUCAUGAGGAGCAGUGGUAAACGGCCAGGUACGAUACUAUGUGAAUGGCCAUUUCGCGAUCUCAAAAAGUCUCAUAAUUAAAAACUUUUUUAAAACCUAAUUAUACUCCUUCCUUAGGCAUAAAAUAUAAAGAAGACGUGAUUCUCCAUUGAUUCACUAUAAGAAAGCAUAUUUUUGUUUAUGGUUUCUAUAAACUAUAUUUAAAUUUCCAAAACCAUCGUAAUUCAAUGGGAAAAAUGCAUGCUAAAUGAGUAGUCAUUUUUUACCGAGUGCGCUUUCUACAGGAGAUUGAAAAGAAGUGCAUUCAAAAGCGGACAUCCUGCCGAGUUCGAAAUGUUAUGAGAGUAUUCCUUAAGAUAAUCAGUAUUACAACCGCGACCAAGUAAUCCUUCUUAAUAGAAAACGCAUUUCACAAUUUCAGCCAACAUUUCAUGAGAUCGGUCACUCACUGUAUGUAGUGAUAUGUUCAUCCUCCCCCUCGAAGAUAAAAACUGAAAUCACACGCACUUGACAGUCCGACUAUCGCAGGCGACGACGUCCGCCCUGGUUAAUUAUUUUAUAGUGAGACGGACUGGCGCGACAUCUAUCGCACAAAUUCUCUUAUCUCAUCCCCCUUUUCCUUCGAUGGGAGGACAGAAUCACGAAGACCGGAGGAGAGCGCGGAUACGGUAGCAGAUGAUUUUGGACAAGGAGACAGGAUCGCUGGAACAAGAGCUUUAUUGGCCUAAAGUUUCGGAUUCCUGCUCGAACCCAUCAUCAGAGACAAAAGGGCAGAUAUGGGUGGUUCAUGCACACAAGGGACUUCAGUAUUUAUAGGAUGCAGUCGUCAUGCUAACGCAUACCUAUGAAUAUGCACGCCCUCCUCCAUUCUGCAGGGAUUGUUGCACUUGGUGCGACGACUGUGUGAUGACUGUUUGAUAGCCUACAUUCGCGUCGUUAAUGGCUGCAAAUUCAUUACGUGCGGUGGAUGUUGGUGUGAGGACUGCUCGACCAUCUGACGCGCUGACCCGGGUGUUGGGAAAAGUGUUCACCUGUACGCUCUCCGCGUGGCUAUUUACUCUGCCUGGGCAAAGUCUCAGCGCUUGAGAGAGAGCCCGUAAGGCACAGCGUAACGAGCGAGUUCCGUAAGAACGAUCGGUGAGCGCCCCCUAACAUUGUAUAUUCCCGAUCGAAAACCGACAGGGCAACGGGCUCAUGGCCCAGUGGUUAGAGGCGUGGACUCUUAACUAACUGGUCGCGAGUUCGAGGCUCGGGUGUUCCACACUUCGGGCUUGGGUAUGACUGGCUGACGAAGGCUACUAAGUCAGAAACGGGCAUUUCAUUCUCCCUUGUCUUUGUCGGUAAUAACAUACUGUGUGAUGACUGUUUGAUAGCCUACAUUCUCAUCGUUAAGCGCUACAAUUUCAUCACGGGUGUUGGAUUUGGUAUGACGAUUUCCCAACCAUCUGACCCAUCGACCGUGGCGUUGGGAACAGUGUUCGCCUGUGCGCUCUCCGCGUGGCCAUUUACUUCGCCUGGACGAAGUCUCAGCGCCAAGUAUGGAAGGGGAAGGUUGUUGCACUCGUUAAUAUGCCGGGGUCCAAUGAACCGUGACUCAAGCAGUUCGCGGCUCACGCGGUUCUCACUGCUAGCGAGAAUUUCGGCAUCGUCGAAUUUGAAUGUGUGACCGGAUCUCGUCGAAUGGGCCGCAACUUGAGAGCUGGCGGCAUUUUUUUGCACUGCUGCCGUCUGUGCGGUCAUUCAGGUCCAGAUCAGUAUUCCGGAUCCUCCGACGUAGUUGCUUUGUCUGCAACUGCACCAGCUCAGAUAAACGACUCCAGACGUUUCUUGUCGUGGCAGUGGGUCUUUCGGUUUCAUUGCCUGACGCCUGAUCGUUGUCUCCGGCCUGUAUGCCAGGGUCAGUGGGUUAGACUGUCGAGCGAUCAUCACACCUUCCUCACGUCAUCGAAUGGCCAUCACACUAAGUGCAACAAUCCCCGAUGGAGGGGGGGAGCCGUGGAUUUUCAUAGGUAUGCGAUGGCAUAACGACUGCAUCCUCUUUUGCAUGAACAACCCGUAUCUGCUAUUGUCUCUGAUGGUGGGUUCGAGAAGGAAUCCGAAAGGUUAGGCGAGUAAAACCCUUAUUCCAGUGAUCCUUUCUCCUUCUUCACGACCGCUUCCUGGGACUCGUCUCCUCGCCUCUAUUGGCAACCGAAGGAUCUGUCUACGAGUACCACACAACCUGGUCCUCACAGCAUGUACCAUGCUUUCAUUAGGGCAUCUGGGAUCCCCCAUCGGUGAGAGCGCCUUAAAGGCCACGUUGAGAAGGAAACCUUGCAGCUUGGCGUUUAGUCUUCCAUUUACCACAAUAUAAUCCCCAUGGGAACCGAUGUUCCCCGUCGGUUAGCAGUCUUCUAACCCAUGACUCUUAGCUUGUUGCAAUAACUUCAACUUGUCAGAUUUAUUAUAGUGAGCAGUGCGUUGAUUUGCCGUAAGGAAGGAUUCCCCAGUAUCGGCCUCAUACACCCCUAUCCUAUUCGCAAUUUGGCUGUUCGAGUCUGCCAUCCAGUAGGUGUUAAGGGCGGGGUUGGGCGUAUCAAGUCCCCGGAGGAUUUAAAUAGCCUAUACCGCCUGCAGCCAGUUCUUUUCCACUUCGUUUGUCUGCUCUGGUUCUUUCAAUUAUUCAGGUCCGCGGAAUUGGCGCGCAUCAAUGAGGCGCUGCAGGACCAAUUGGAAGAGGCCGCAAUAGCCAAUCAGGGCCUCAGUCGCGAUGUGGCCCAAUUGACGCAGGCCUGGCGUACGGCCACCCAGCAGUUGGAACGGCGUGAAGUGGAAUGGCACACGGAGGAGGUUGCCUUCAAUGACUACUUCGCCUCGGAGCACAAUCGUCUGCUGGCACUAUGGCGGGAAGUCGUUGCUCUGCGCAGGCAGUUCACUGAACUGCGUCAUCAAACCGCCAGAGAUUUUACCCAGGUCGUUUGCUCGGAACCCAUGGGCGGUUGAGUUUCCCGGAUUUUGUUUUUUGUCCAAGGACAGUGAAACUGCUAUUAGCACGCAGGUCUAGAAGAGUUCCUAACCUUGAAUUUAGGCGAGUGCGGCAGGACCUAUGGAGCUGCUAGCUUCAAAUCCCAGCAAAGGCAGGGUAGUGGCAGGUUCUAGGGUACCUAACUUCGCCUGCCAGCCACCCCCCAAGUGUCAUGAAAGUCAACCAUAUUUUCACCACCAGGGAGCAUCGUUCGCGCGUGAUUUCUAAUAUAACCGACUGCUGCUAACUUAGAAUAAGUUUUCUGCCAAGCUGGAAUGGCGAUUCACCCAAUCACGAAGUAGUUCAGAGAUCAACUGUCACGCCUACCGGACUUGAUUUAAGGCAUAAUUGACUACAAAAAACCCUAACUGGUCACUAUUAACUGAUUUGUUUUUGGUGCUAAAACUCCUAAACUAACAAUACAAUAGACGAACUAACCCGUGGAACAUUAACUGAAGUGACGAAAUAUGGUUCCGCUCAGGAAAGAUCACUUAGGGGGGGUUGUAAUACGGAUCAUCCUGAAGCAUAAUGACUAGAUAUUUCGGUCAUAGUAGGAUACUGGCUUUUGGAUGCGUGUCCUUCCGACCGCCUGCAGCAAUUGCAAGGAGAGAGUACUUAAGUGGUGCAGUAUGUUGCAUUUAUUUUCGAUGUCUUUAUAACCCAAACCCAUUUGUAGGAAAAAUGCAUACAGAAUCAUUCGUAAUGUUCAUUUUAUGCAGUAAAUCAUGUUCUAUUCAAGGCCCCUACUCCGAAAAUAAUAUCUUUUAAUUAAAAAAGAUUAAAAAUUUAUGAAUAAUUUUGAACUCGUUCACCUCUGCUAUUGCGUUUAAUGUUCUAGAACUGCUGUCUGUAAACUCCCCUUUUGGGGGCCGUCACAUAUUUGCAAUAUAUAUCGAAAUUUUGGCAUAGUUUAAAAGGGGCAUUGAUAAACAAACAGACACGACGCCAUUGGAAUAGGCCUUUCAAUGCCUUCAAAACAUUCUAAUUGCAAGUCUAUUUUAAACCAAAGGACUCCAUUUUUUCGAAUAAAAAAAUUUGAGGACUUAAAUUAUCGCAAAACGAGCAUGAGCAUGUUUUGUGCAUGCGUUUUUUAAGAAAAAUGUUUUUAUUCAUGAGGAUAUCGGAGGUCAGUUUAAUAAAACAAAAUCGAUUAAGUAGUCGACAGCGUGAUAUAUACGAGUUGCCAGAAAGAUGCGCGUACGAAAACUGACAUAUUGUCAUGACAGGGAUAUCUUGUUGUUAGGUUGCGUGAUGAGAGUUUGACCGUGAGCUUCACAGCAGGGACGGUGAUAUGCACGCGAAUUAGUGUACAGUGAUGGCAGACUUGCGCUGCAUCUACCACACUCUCUCCUCCUCACCCACUAGGGCCUGGUGGAGUCGAUAAAACAGGAGGAAGAGUCGGGGGCAGAUGGCAGGCAUGGCGUGAAACCGUGCCUAGACGUGCCACCAAAUUUCCUGCUCCAGGCACAGAGGAUCAGGUUUUCACUCAACAAAAAAGGGGGAUCGUCUCGGGCCCUAAAUGAGUGGAAGCGCCAUAGAGGCGGAAUUUAUAAGCAGGCACUACAGCCUGAUCCUUCGUCCUCCGAGGACGACCGAAUAGUCUUGUCAGUCGACGGCCCUUCAAGCCACGGCUUGUAACUUAUCGCCCUAUAUAUUCAAGCGCAUCACAUUGCCGAGGCCGUCGGCCUUAACCUCUCUUCUCUCUGCUCUGUAACAAUUGAUUGUCGGGACGGAUCAGUUGAACAGUCCGUCUACGUGUGCCACACACGUGACUCAGUCCCUACAUGGCACGCCGGGGUGUCCCACAAAGUAGGUAAGCCGCUCGAAUCCCACAUGUGUUAGAAAAGUGGAGAAGGCACAUGGAGAAUGAGACCAGGAGCAUGAUUUUCACUGGCGUGAGAGUUGAUGUGCUCUUAUAAGUAUCCCAGCCACACCUAGGUAAUACUUUCUUAACGGAACCACAGUCAGGCACUUCAUUUCGUGCUUCGUAAAGUACGUCAUCUGCUGUGUGGGACUUUUUCUUAGUGUAGCAAUGUUAGCUGUUAAAAACUGAACUCAUGACUUGAAAAAAUGCAAGUAUUUUGCAGUGAUUAGAAUGCAUCAUUAGCUCCUCGUCAAAAUACUGUCUCAGCUGGAUUUUUAACGCGUCGAACUCCACCUAGUGCUGGAAAGGGCAACCUCUAAGCUCUGGCAACCACGGUGAAAGACGUUUUGAUUGGCCGAGAGGCAGGCUUCCUGUGUGGUCUCGGAAGAGCUGUUCUGGUUGCUGCAAUGAAGGGCAGAAACCGUCGAGGUCCCAGACUGCGUGGAGAUUCCUCAUGUCCACCUCGUCACCGGCUUCUCCCAUCCUUUGCAGAUCAACAGCGAGAUCAUGCGGUUCAGCCAUGGCAUGCAUGCGGCCUGCACAACCCUGGCAACUAAUCUGAAGGCCUCCCAGCUUGAAUCGGCGGACGCUCUGGCAAAGAGUCGGCGUCAGCUCAUGAAGGAGGAGGAGGAUGCCAAACUGCGUGCCCAAAGUCUGACUGAAUCGCUGGCACGCAGUCAGUCCAAGCUUGCGGAGGCCGAGAGCAAACUGAUAGAACUAGCUCAGAAGAACCAGGAGCUUGCUGCCGAGGUUAGUCUCAAGUCGGUUUUUUUACCGUCGUCUGUUUACAUACGACUUUUCAUUCAGCUAUAUAUAUAUAUUGAUUGUGAUACACCAAUCAAUUAUUCAGUAGAGUUUCUGGACAAUUUACAAGAAAUGAGAAACGCAGCAGAUGAACUAAUCGUAUCCUUCGAUGUCGCUUCUCUGUUUACCUCCAUAUCACCGGAUUUAGCAAGACAAUGUACAGAAGAACGUCUCCAGUACUACGACAUGGAUAUCGCUGCAUCUGCGUUGUUAGAACUCUUAGACCUUUGUCUAGAAACGAACUUUUCAUUUGCGCAUGAGUAAUACCAACAGCUGAAGGGGCCCCUAUGGGAUCACCCAUCUCUCGUUUUCUCACAGAAGUCACUAUGAAGAAAUAAGAGGCUAUCGCCUUACCAUUAGUUAACUCCAAAUUACGGGCACGAUAUGUUGAUGACACGUUUGUCAUUGUUAAAAGUGAUAAACUGGAAAUACUCCACAAUGUUACUAACUCAACACUUCCAGGAAUCAAAUUCACACUCGAGAAAGAGGCUGACAACAAACUGUUGUUUCUUAAUGUCCUCGUACAGAGAAAGCCUGAUGGGACAUUCCACACUUCGGUUUAUCGCAAGAAAACCUACGCGGAAAUUCUUUUACAUUACGAUAGCAAUCACCCUAUCUCUCACAAACGGAAUGCCGUGAACAGCCUCCUGAACCGAACAAGAACUCACUGCUCUGACAGCGAAACCUAUCAAGCAAAACUGCAUUAUUUGUUCAAACUGUUUUCCCAGAAUGGAUAUCCUAGAUAUUUUGUACACCGAUGCAUGAGAUGGCAAGAGUUAAAAGGAACUAGAUUGUUCCGAUCAAGGGCUCCAAUCAAAAAAACUGACAAACACUUCCUUACAUUAAGAAUGUGUCCGAGAUAGUUGGGUUGGAUAGGGUUGGCUAUUUAGAUAAGAAGGAAGUCGUCUAUAAGGAACCAUGCAACACCUGUAAUACGGUUUACAGUGGUCAAAUCGGGAAAUCGGUCUCUACACGAAUACACGAACAUAAGUUGGCCGUAAAAAGGCGAGAUCGCUCGCCUCAAGUUGCCAUGCUUACACUGGAAACUGGACACAAAUUCGUCUGGGACAGAACUCGCAUCGUAGGUGUUUGCUCAUCUAAGAAGGACCGUGACUUUUUAGAGGCAAUCCAUUCUGACAACUUACGCAUCAACUGACACGUAGAAUUGGAUGCGGUGUACAACAGUCUCAAGGAGAAGUGGAAAAGGCAUUAGCCAGUUGCUGGCACCCUCAACCGAGCCAUAGACCUACAUCCCGCCUAUCAGGUGCUUCGCGCGAGGCUCGAGUCAAUCCACGUAAGGCCAAUGGCACGGAUGAAAGGAAUCCCACGGGGUCGACUACCGACGCUGGCGGAGAGGGAAGGCGCUGACCGAGAGUCACGUAACCGGCGUGGCACGCUAUCUCACGGACGUACUCGCGAGGGUGGAAAGGCCAUGCCUGAGGAACGAAAAUCGAUCAGUCCGCCAUCUAACGAGGGGAGGACAACGAGCACGCCAACGCAGCGGCAACCACGUCAGGCAUGAGGGAGACACAAGGCACGCCAGUCCGCCAAUGGCUGGGAUCAUAGAGGCCACAAUCGGCCAACGGAAAACAGGCUGACCAACGUGCGUGCGCCGGACACGGUUAUAAUACGAGGCAGGCGGCAAGGCUGAACAAACCGAGGCCAGCAGGAAACGCCAGCGACCGACUCUGAUGAUGGAAACGACAGUGUUUCCGAAACGUCAGUUUGAAUACACUCUGGUACAUAAAAUCGCCUUCUCUUCUUCAUCUUCCUCGGGGGAUGACAAACACGAUAUAUAUAUUUGAAGAUAAUAUAUAUAUAUAUAUGUAUUUGUAAAUGACACAUUUGUUAUCGUUAAAAAGGACCAAUUGGAAGCGCUCCACAACAAUAUAAACUCGACGAUUCCGGGGAUUACGUUCACACUCGAAAAGGAAGUCGAUAGUAAACUGCCCUUCCUGGAUGUUCUCGUCCAACGAAAGACUGACGGAACACUACGUACAUCAGUUUACCGUAAAGACACUUACGCGGAAAUCACUCUACCUUACGAGAGCAAUCAGCCAAUUUCUCACAAACGGGGUGCUGUCAAAAGUCUGCUUAAUCGAGCAAAAACACAUGCUCUGAUAAAGAAGGCUAUCAAGACGAACUAAAAUUCUUGUGUGAAUUGUUUUCGCGGAAUGGGUACCCUAGACAUUUUGUGCGCCGAUGCAUGAGACAGAAAGAGUCGAAGAGAAAGGAGCCAGGUAAUCUAAAUCAGACGUCCGGACCAAAAACCUGGCGAGCACUUUUUUACAUUAAAAAUGUGUCUGAACCCGUUGAAAAACACUUAAGGAAGCACCAAAUUCAGGUGGCGAACCGACCGACAACUACUUUGCACACUCAGCUCGUGCACCCUAAGGAUAGGGUUAACUUUCUGGACAAGAAAGAAGUCGUUUACGACAUCUCUUGUGAUGCAUGUGAUGCCGUCUAUUGUGGCCAGACUGGAAAAUGCGCCUUUACACGCAUUCACGAACAACGGUUGGCAGUGAAGAAGCGAGACCACCUGCCUUAAGUAGCCAUGCACAGCCUGGACACCGGACACACUUUCGCUUGGGAAAAAACUCGCAUUGUCGCUGUGUGCCCCUCAAAGAAAGGCCGAGAGUUCCUUGAGACCAUGCACUCAGACGAAUCAUGCAUCAACCGGCACAUCGAGUUGGAUGCCGCGUACAGAAAUCUCAAGGAGAGAUGGAAGAGGCGAGGACCAAUCAGAACGGACUGACACACACGACGACCGCUUACUGGCGUGAACGUCAAGCGAUUAUCGAUUUUUUAAGUGCACUUAAGAUGUUAACUGUGUUAGCACAUUUGCCCUCCGUCUGUGCCUGACGACGACUCGGGGAACCGGCGUCGAAAAUUUGCACAAUAAACUUCCUUUCCCAAAGCACACAUUCGACUUCGACUUAUAUUUCUAGGGAUGCCUACCUUCCAACAUCUAAGAUAUAUAUAUAUAUAUUAUGAUAGUGGGCGCUCACCGAUCAGGUUACGCCCGCAUUCGCGACAAUUAAGGUCAACGCGAAUGCGGGCGAUGGCCACCAACGUUCAAAUGCCGCCCCCCGACGAGAGACAGGCAGAUUGACAGCAGUCACCCUCCCUCCCGCUCUGCCCCGGCGACUACAGAGACGACCCCUGUGCGUAUGCGGGCCAUUAGCGCCAAAGCCGAUUAACCAUCCCCUCCCCCCUAUAAUUACCACCGUGUUAGCAUGACUGAUAUCUAUCCCCCUCCUAUAAAUACUGUGUGAUGCCGUACGAUACUCACCUCCGACGAUGAAAGCUUGUCUGCUUUUGAAACGUCAGGACAAUACAAUCAUGGUUCCCGAGAUCGCCUCUUCUUCUCAUUUAUGUCCGGGGACUCGAAUCUUCGCUUCUAUUAGCAAUAUUUUCGGGCGCCAAGCACUUGAGUCAGCACGACGUUGGGAAACCUUUACCCUUCGUGUGUCAUCUACGUACGCGCAAAUUCAAUUCCUCCACAGAUGCCUUGACAAUCAUGUGCUUCCGAAGAGCUUGUCUUACAGGCCACCGGUAAACACAAGUCUGGCGAAACGAUGGGUGAUGCAACACAGUAGGCGAAUGAUCCGGGCGCUCCUUCAGGACUGCCAUCUUCGACUGCGGAAAUACAAAGGGGUUCUGAGCCAAGCGAUCGCUAAAUGCACUGAACUCAUCGGCGAAGACGGAACUAUGCUGUUGAAACAGGAGAUUGAUAAACGGGCCAGGGAACUACGAGCAAAACGAGAUAUCGAGCUGGCAGAUAAGCUUCGAAAUAUCAGCCGCACGUUUCAGGAGGAGAACGACGUCCUAGUCCACAAUCUAUCCUCCAAAGAGCUGACUCCUGAACAACUAAAAGUGCUGAGUCACGAGGCCUGCUUCAAUACCACAGACGCCGAUCCGGUCAACCUUGUGGCAACAGUGGAAUCGAUUCUCAAACAAACCGAGGAAUCCGACGAAACAAAACACCUCGUUCGGCAACAGGUAACCGCCUUGGUGAUGGCCCACAAACCACGCGCAAAUAUCACCAGAACGGAACAGGAUGCCCUCAAGAAACUGAAGGCCGACACGAGCAUUGUGGUACUGCCAGCAGACAAAGGGCGUUCUACUGUUGUCUUGGACAAGACCGACUACAUUCAGAAGGCUAACAACCUGCUGGAUGAUCGACAGGCCUACCUCCGAUGUGAUGAUGAGCCGAUGAGGAAGCUGCUGACGCAGUUGGACAAAACGCUCGCUGAAAUGCAAACGAACAAAGUAAUAAGCAAGUCAGUACGACUGGCCGUUAAACCAACAGAUGCGGCCGCACCAAGGUUCUACGGACUACCCAAAGUGCACAAGGUCGAUGUCCCCCUCCGACCAAUCGUGUCACUUCGCGGCGCGCCAACAUUCAAUCUGGCGAAAUGGCUGUUCCGACACCUGAGGCCUCUCACCUCAGGCGCAACCACAACGGUCUGUUCAGCUACUCAGUUUCUGGAACGGCUCAGAGGAACGCGACUCACUGCAGACGAGGUCAUGGUGUCAUUUGAUGUCACCUCUCUCUUCACUUCAAUCCCGCAGGACCUGGCCAUCGAAACGGUCAGCGAAUUACUCGAGAGGCAGUAUGACGAGACGGACAAGUCAGUGAAGCGCAGACAUCUAGUCCAACUAUUAAAAUUCUGCCUGAAGACGUACUUCACCUUCGAGGGGACCAUGUACGAACAAAUUAAGGGGACGCCGAUGGGAUCGCCUCUCUCCGGCUUCAUCGCUGAGACAGUUCUGCAAAAACUAGAGAGCCUGGUUUUCACCACUCACAGGCCAAAGUUUUGGAUUCGGUACGUGGACGACACCUUCGUCAUCAUCAAGCGAGAAAUGAUCGAGGAAUUUCACAUCGUCCUGAAUUCCGUCUUUCCUGACAUCCAAUUCACGAUGGAGGCGGAAAACAACAACCAGCUGCCAUUUCUGGACGUUCUUGUCCAUCGAAAGCCCAACGGGCACAUAAAAACGACGGUGUACAGGAAGGCUACCAACACACGCCAAAUCCUAAACUAUCACAGUAAACACCCGUUAUGUCACAAACGCAGUUGUGUGCGAACUCUCUACAGUAGAGCAGAAACACACUGCAGCGAACCGGAUGACAGAAGGACAGAACUCCGCUAUCUUCAGCGCCUUUUCAUGGCCAACGGAUAUCCCCGUAACUUCAUCGAGCGCAGCAGGCAGUCUAAACCAGGCCAAAAUCGGGUGACAGAACAGCCAAAAGUCUGGCGUGCACUGCCAUACAUCGACGGCGUCUCUGAGGCAGUUUCCCGUCUCCUAAGGCCCUUGGGGAUCGGGAUCGCUCAUCGACCAGACUCAACCAUUCGGCAUUUGGUUAUGAGACCGAAGGCCCCCUGCCACGAGGUGAGACGACAAACGUCAUCUACCGGGUCAAGUGUAACUCUUGCCAAGCAAACUACGUCGGAGAGACAGGCAAACGGUUACAAACUCGCGUUAACGAACACAUGCGGGCAGUGAGGAGAAUGGACCCAUUGUCUCUGGUGGCGGAACACUGCGCGGACUCUGGACACACUUUUGCCUUCCAGAAUGCCAAAAUUCUGGGUCGAGGCAACGACCGCGUAGCCAGGGAAACGAUCGAGGCCUGGCACACGGAAACAACCUCAAUAAACCGUUGCGUCGCCCUCCCGACAGCAUACCAAGCCCUCCGGACGCAGCUCAACGAACUAAAGGGCAAGCGCGAGGUCAGGCCGAAAGUGGAUCUAGACACGGGAGAGCCUACGACGGACGUACACGUAGCCACACCGCAAAUCGGGCCCGACGAAGGCGCAGUCAUCAAUACUGUUGCCUCAACUACUACUCCGGCAGACGGGGAGAAACGCGAUCAGAGGGAUGCAAUCAAGACUAGCAACCCAGCACGACAAUUAAGGUCAACGCGAAUGCGGGCGAUGGCCACCAACGUUCAAAUGCCGCCCCCCGACGAGAGACAGGCAGAUUGA